GGAUCCGGUUCCGGGUUUUGCGUCGGCUCGGCCGCUGGGAGGAAGUGCAGCUCUCAGAAAAGCCUGAAUUUCACUUCGCGACGCGCCGUGGGGCUCAGCUCACUCGCACACAAGCACUAAAACGAGAAAAUAGCCGCGUAUUCCCGUCUGGAUUAACCGCGGGGAACCCUCGAGAAGCGCCCUCCCCCGGAGGGUCCGAGCAGAAUCGGACCGGAGCGGUUUAUGCGGACGGAUAUAGCGUUUUGGUUGCGCGAUGUCGGAAGAGAUGAAGACUUGGAUCUGCGACCCGAACGCGGAUGGGAAAGAAAAGAGUGGUUUCUCUCGGCACUAACAUCGAAAAACCCAGUUCGGGCGUCUUUUGGAAGGAAGCGCACUCGAAAGCCCCCGAACGAAGCGCGUCGGGGUUAAGAGCCGCGUCGUUUUUCUUCCUCGAAACUCGCAGUUUCGUCCCCGUAAGCUUGAGUUUGAGACGCACAGCCAUGCACACGAAGUUCCGCAAGAUCUAGCGCAGAGAUUUCAGCGCCAACUCCUGCUUUUAAUCGCAGCUAAACAACAGCGGCUGCGUUUUCCGUGCAUUUUCGCCGGACCACGUUGUGCGGCACCAUCGCGACGUUUUUCUUGAGAAAAAAGGAAACCCGGAUCGCUGUCGUUCACGUUUGCUUAUUUCCUUUUCUAGCGCCCCCCCUCUCAUCUGUAGGUUACAGUAGAGCAAUAUCUCAGCCGUUUUUUUUUGGGCUUGCUUGGAGCACACCUCUCAUUACAUAAAUAAAUUGACGAGCAAGCAAAUCCAGUUUCAGCGGAAAACUGCAUUGCACUGCGCGAGGCGAUGGACUUGCCACAUCGAGACGCGUCUAGUUUAAUUUCGUCCCUCUAAUUGGCUUCUGAGAUCAAGACGAGCGGCUCGGAUCGUCUGACGGGCAGACCUCAACCAUCGAGCCACAGAAAUGGGGAUUUGUUUGUGAUAUUACCAGGAGAUCUACGCGCGUGCGUGUGCUUUUAAGUGCUUGAAUACUUUUCGGAUGUUUAGGAAACGAUCCAGCUGCUCGCGUCGCAUCGAAAGCCAUUAUUUAUGUCUCUCCGACCACUGGGCUUCAGAUUUCCACCAUCUUUCCGCCUUUUAAGAAGAAGAGGAUACGCGCUACCCUUAUUGCACGCGCUCUGCUCGCGCGCUGUCAACUGGUUAACGCGACGGAACGGGGAAACAUCGGCGUCCAUUUUCGUGCAUUGGCGAUUUGUCAGUUUUUCCCAGCGAGCUGGCUUGCUUUAUUUUAACACCCUGAGGAGGUCGUCUUCGCCCGCUUGUGUUCUACGUCGUGUCGGCUUCAACGAGAUCGCAUCGACAUUUUGAUUUGAGCAUCAUCCAUUUGCGACCCCCGCCUGCACGCGUUUGUAGUUAACCAGCCCUUUAUUUCCAUCCGUCUUGCACAGACGGUGACUUCAAUUAACUUGCAUGCCAUUUUUUGGACCGUCGUUACGCCGGCAGGUGGGCCGUUCUCGUUAAACUCACCCAAAGGGGGUGGGUGCUGGAUGGAGGGGCUCGAUUAAUCGAUAACACCGCCACGGUCUAGAAUUAUCAUUUGUUUUGGAAAUUUCCGGACUUGGAGGGGAUGCCAUGCACACACGUCCUCCCCCUCUGAAACGAGAAGCCAUUUCUGCAACUCCAAGUGGACCCGAGGGUGACGUUGCUUCGUAGAUAAGCAACCUAUAGGUUUUCUAUUAAGGGUGGAUUUUUUCUUCUUCUUCUUCGUUCGUUCGUUCCGCUGUUUCGGCCACAAUGGUUGAUUUCUGAGGAGGAGGGGAAAAACGAUAAUCGAAGAACCGAGGCUGGGAUAGAUGUUCGCGCCUCUCUCGCGCAUCAUCAUCAUCAUCAUCAUCAUCAUCACCGCCGCCACCGCCAGCACCGGCUCCAUCAUCAUCACCACAUCUCCCGCGCUCGUCUCGUGCUGAGUCCGCCCACCGUCUCCCCUCACGUCCCCACCCCCCACCCCUCACGGCCGGUUCUGGUACCGCUAGCGACUCGGCUCGACCCAGAGGGCUCGAAGAUGGCGGACCUCGAAGCUGUUCUCGCCGAUGUCAGCUACCUGAUGGCGAUGGAGAAGAGCAAAUCGACUCCAGCGGCCCGCGCGAGCAAGAAAAUCAUUCUCCCUGAGCCUAGUAUUCGGAGUGUCAUGCAGAAGUACCUGGAGGAAAGGGAUGAACUUACGUUUGACAAAAUCUUCAACCAGAAGAUUGGUUUCCUCUUGUUCAAGGAUUUCUGCAUGAACGAGAUCGACGAGGCCGUUCCGCAGCUGAAGUUUUACGAGGAGAUUAAAGAGUACGAGAAGUUGGAUUCGGAAGAAGAGAGGCUAACUCGCAGUCGACAGAUUUAUGAUGUCUACAUAAUGAAGGAGCUUCUGUCAUGUUCACAUCCCUUCUCUAAGAAGGCAGUAGACCAUGUCCAGACUCACCUAGCAAAGAAACAAGUUCCUCCAAAUCUCUUUCAGCCAUACAUAGUUGAGAUCUGUGACAGUCUUCGAGGAAAGAUCUUUCAGAAGUUUAUUGAAAGUGACAAGUUCACACGUUUUUGCCAGUGGAAGAAUGUAGAGCUCAACAUCCAUUUGACGAUGAAUGACUUCAGCGUGCAUCGGAUCAUCGGCAGAGGGGGGUUCGGAGAGGUUUACGGAUGCAGGAAAGCAGACACGGGGAAAAUGUAUGCCAUGAAAUGUUUGGAUAAAAAGCGGAUCAAAAUGAAGCAGGGAGAAACGCUGGCGCUCAACGAGAGAAUCAUGCUGUCGUUGGUUAGCACUGGGGACUGCCCUUUCAUAGUGUGUAUGACAUAUGCCUUCCACACUCCUGAUAAACUGUGUUUUAUCCUGGACUUGAUGAAUGGUGGAGACCUUCACUAUCACCUGUCUCAGCACGGCGUCUUCAGCGAGAAGGAUAUGCGCUUUUAUGCAGCUGAGAUCAUACUGGGCCUCGAACACAUGCACAAUCGAUUUGUCGUCUACAGAGACCUCAAGCCUGCGAAUAUCCUCUUAGACGAACAUGGACAUGUUCGCAUUUCUGACCUGGGCCUGGCCUGUGAUUUCUCCAAAAAGAAGCCUCACGCCAGCGUAGGUACCCAUGGCUACAUGGCACCUGAGGUUCUGCAGAAAGGAACGGCGUAUGACAGCAGCGCCGACUGGUUCUCUCUGGGCUGCAUGCUGUUCAAACUCUUGCGAGGGCACAGUCCAUUCAGACAGCACAAGACCAAAGACAAACACGAGAUCGACCGCAUGACCCUUACCAUGAAUGUGGAGUUGCCUGACUCCUUCUCACCGGAGCUCAAGUCCCUCUUGGAAGGACUCUUACAGCGAGAUGUCGCUAAAAGAUUGGGGUGUCUAGGACGGGGGGCGUCAGAAGUAAAGGAGCAUGUGUUCUUCAAGGGAAUCGAUUGGCAGCAGGUCUAUCUUCAGAAGUACCCCCCACCCCUCAUCCCCCCCAGAGGUGAAGUCAACGCUGCAGAUGCCUUUGACAUCGGCUCCUUCGACGAGGAGGACACCAAGGGCAUUAAGCUGCUUGACAGUGAUCAGGAGCUCUAUAAGAACUUUCCGCUGGUGAUCUCCGAGCGCUGGCAGCAGGAGGUGGCCGAAACAGUGUAUGACGCUGUCAACAGUGACACGGAUAAGAAUGAGGCGCGCAAACGGGCCAAAAACAAGCAGCAGGGCCAUGAAGAGGACUAUGCGCUGGGGAAGGACUGUAUCAUGCACGGCUAUAUGCUAAAGCUAGGAAACCCCUUCCUGACACAGUGGCAGCGGCGGUAUUUCUACCUAUUCCCCAACCGUGUCGAGUGGAGAGGGGAAGGAGAGUCUCGGCAAAACCUGCUGACCAUGGAGCAGAUCGUGACUGUGGAGGAGACUCAGAUCAAGGACAAAAAGUGCAUCCUGCUGAGGAUCAAAGGAGGGAAACAGUUUGUCCUGCAGUGCGAGAGCGACCCAGAGUUCGUACAGUGGAAGAAAGAGCUCACAGAAGCGUUCACAGAGGCCCAGAAGCUGCUGCGCCGUGCGCCCAAAGUCAUCGGCAAGGGCCGAACCAAUGUGGUGGAACUGUCCAAACCUCCCCUCACUCACCGCAACAGCAACGGCCUGUGAGCCGCCCACCUCCCGCCGCCCUUGUCUACAACUCCUCUCCAUCCUCUUCAUCGACACACACACACACGCACACGCUCUCACACUCUUUCUCUCUCUCUCCCAGCGAAAUGCUUGUCCAGCACCAUUAGGCUUCCCAACCGGCACAGCGAGCCGUCAUGUGGUCCGUCUCGGAAAGUUCUGCUGGACUGCGCCCUGCUGUUCCUCACCCGUUUCUCAAUCAAAUGCACACACACAAACACACACACAAUUCCUCGCAACUUGACACGCUGGGGUAGGCGUAGCUUCAGGAUAAUGUUAGAGAACAAUCGGUGAUGUCAGUGCUGAAUCUGGGACUUCGUUUCGACCAGUGGUGCAGGCUGGGAUACUGCGCCUCCUUUUGUGAGCAUGUCGUUCCUUCUGUGAUCCCCACGUUCUCCUUGCACACGCCGGCAUGCUCAUAUAUUAGCAAAGAAAGAGGCCUCUGCUGUAACAGUGUCCACUUGGAGCUUGUCUUUUAAGUGGCAGCGUGUUAGCGCCGGACAGUAUCAGUACCUCUGCUAGAGGGAAACUAGAGCCAUGCGGCCUGAGAGAUCUAAUCGGAUGGAAACGAUCUCAAAAGACGAUGGCUUAAACGAUAUCAUUCCCAUUGUCUUUCGUGUCCUAUGUGGGAACGCCAAGGCCACCUCAACGACUGUGCCAUUCUUGAAGCAUAUGCUUUGCACCACUUUAUGUCAACAUUGUGGGCGCAUGGCAUGCAUGUCUUUUUAUGCUGAACGGACUCGGAUUCGUGGACUGUUGUGGCACCCGACCUUCGUCCCGUACUUGUAAAGUACAGAAUUCAUCGACACUUCCUAAACACUCGCAGAUGGAUUGAACGGACUGCAGCGGCGAGCGUUACGCGCCAUCCAAGCUGAGCUCUCACAGGACAGUGUAAAAAUUAGGGAGCGAUUUUUUUCUUUCUUUUUUUUUUUUUUUUUUUUUGGUGCUCAGCCCUUGUAAACUCCUGACUUGGUUGGGUUGCUCACGUGCGUUAAGUGCGUGUAGUUGUGCGUGUACCCGAUGCAAAAAGUAGGUGUUGUCGCUUUAAAGGAAAUUCCCCGAUAUUUUCACCAGGAAGAAUUGCUUUCUUUCACCUUGAAUGUAUUUUUUGUUUCUUUUUUUUUUUUUUUUUUUGUUUGUGGGUGGAGUGAUUUUACGCUGCUUGACACAAUGGGUAGGAACGUGGCUGGACGUUUGCUAAGACACGAACCCAACCCCCUCCCCCUGAACCCGCAGAAGUGCAAAAAGUGCCAAUGAAAAUAAACGUUCGACUAGAGACACCUGAGAACUCCUCGAGUCCAGGCCGCGUCGUCUCCCUGUUAAUUCCUCCCCCCCCCGAGAACAGUGUUGGAAAUUGAACGCACAGAAUAAAAACUGAACUGCAGACCUCCAGUCGCGUACGAGGACGCCAAUGGACGGUUGACGAUGCAUGAUGUCUCGGUUAGAGGGACCACUUGGAGAAAAAAAAAAAAAGCAGCAGCAGCAUCCCUGGAGUCUUUUAUCCGACUGUAUAUAUGAAUCCUUUCUCUGUGCAUCUACAGUAUAAUCUUCUUGACAAUGUUUGCAUAUAUGGCGAAUCUCUGUCUCUGCCUGUCUGUGUUUGUCCCUAUGUCUCAGCUUGGGGGCUGGCGGGGUGGGCGGGGUUCACAUCUGUCAAUCAAUCGGCGGGCGUGUGCAAACCUCAGGCUGAGAACUGUGCGUACGCGCCUCUUUUAGGACCGUCGGUGUGAGAGUCGGAUGGCUUAUCUCAUAAUGAGGUUAGAGGGGGUCUUCUGUCUGUCUCUCGCGCGUUUCGCCAUUAUCCGUUCACGGCAGGCAGAGCGUUAUUCAGUACGACGAUAGCAGGACGCUCGCGCUCGCCGGUGUUCGCAAAGGUGGGCUGCUUGGAUCGCGGAAGGAGAGACAACUUAAAACCGUUUGUUAUAAGGCUUGAUUUAAAUAUAGUUUAAAUUUUUAUAUUGUUUGAAUGUGACGCAAAUGCAGAUUUCUAUAGAUGACAUAUUUUUUGGAGUAUGUUAUGUGCAUUUCUUUUGGUCUUUUUUUUUGUUUUGUUUUGUUUGUUUUCGGAAUGGAAAAACAAGCACAGCUUAACAGGCAUGAGGUGAUUUUAAAAAAGUGUUUUCAUGUAUAUUCAGGUUUUUUUUUUUUUCUUCUCCAUGCAGUAAUUUUCUUUCUGCGUCUCCCUUCAGUGCAUUUCGGAGUGAUUUGCAUGCGGCGCUCUGCAGAAAUCGCAGGGUUUAUGGGAGUUUUUGUAGCCUUUAAGUGUCGGGGAGGUGCCAUCCUGAGGAUGUUUUAGCGCCCUUCAAGGGUUUUAUUUUGAAACCAAAAUGGCUUGUUUUGAAAUAUAUAUAUAAAUAAUAUAUAUAUAUAUAUAUAUAUAUCACUGCACUUUUUCCACCACGCUUCAUGAGCUGACGAAAUAAAUGUGCCAAACGACUGUAGGAGAAUGUCCUUGAACCAAUGAAAAGCUUCCGCGACGCUCGCCGGCUGUUUCUGAGACUAAAAUUGGUACGUUUUAACGGGCGAGCAGCGGCGAGUUUGAGAAAGGGUACAAAAAAUGUGACCAAAUUCAGGUGACGUGUAAAAAGUGGGCCGCGGGGCAAACGAUUCAACGUCAUUGACGAUACGCCUCGAAGCUACUGACCGGCGACUGCCGGUACCGUGUUUUGAAACCGCUAGCCCGUUUCUCAAAAAAGAAAGGGUGGCACCUCCGCCAGUCCUAAAUAUCCAUGUUUUAUUCAGGGGUUUUAUAUUUUAUUUUAACGGUAGCGUUUCCGUCACUUCGUCAGUGUUUGCUUCAUUCAAUCGCUUGUGUGUCUGUUCCGUAGCGGUGAAUUUCGUGUGUGGGCGAACGCAGGUUUCGAAAACGCAAGAGGGCGAUCGAUAGGAAGGAGAAAAAAAAAAAAAAAAAAAGAAAAACAAACUAACAAAAAUCUAAGUAUAUAUGUGUAUAUGAAAUGAAAACAAAUGAGCUUAGGUUUAUUUAAAAGACUUUACGACGUAGACACACAAAAAAAAUUUGACUCGGGAAGGGAUCGGGUUCGACGUGAGUUCAACUAUUUGUGGUGAAGAAUCAGCUCAGAUCUUGCACAUAAAAGUUUAGAUAUUGUACCUACGAGUUACAGAUUAUUAUUUUUUGUUUGUUUAAUACAGGUCUCUCUUGCUCUCUUUCAUAUUUAUUGUCUGGUCGGGGAGCUAGUCCCUCUGUGCGUUGGUUUAUCUAGGGCACGGAGCUGUCGAGUAUCCGGGUUUACAGUCAAGCGAAACUCUUUUUCAUGUGCCACAAACAAACGCAAAUACUACUGUCUGGGGUUAUGAUGAUGAUGAUGAUGAUGAUGAUGAUAAUAAUUAUUGAUAAUAUUAUUCAAUGAAUGAUAAUUGUUAUUAAAAUUAUUUUCUUUUGUUUUUGUUUUUUCGGAACAGCUAGGAACAUGUGUGUUGGACUGCUUAUAAAAUCAGUUCAGAAAUAAAAGCCCCUUUUUCGUGUU